AUGGGAUCCGUUGACGCCAUCCAACCAGAGUCUACCACCGUCGACUAUGAUGAUCUCAGUUCCAUCAUCUGCCACUAUGCAGAAUGGCACAAGGCAGACGAGGAGAGUAUUAUGAAACCGUACGCCUACAUCACAUCACAGGCCGGAAAGGAAAUCCGCACACAGAUGAUAAACGCCUUCAACAUCUGGCUCGAUGUCUGCGAGGACAAGCUGAAGACCAUCAGUCGCAUCGUCAGAAUGCUGCACAACGCAAGCUUACUCGUCGAUGACGUCGAAAACGAGUCGCAGAUACGCCGUGGAAUUCCCGUCGCCCACAAGAUUUAUGGAAUCCCGCAGGUCAUCAACACAGCCAAUUAUGUGUACUUCCAAGCCUUUCAAGAAAUCUCGGAGCUGCAGGCUUCGUCCCCUAGAUGUGACGUCCACGCCAUCGUCGUCGACGAGCUCUUGAACCUCCACCGAGGGCAGGGUCUUGAUCUCCUAUGGAGAGACACGCUCACUUGUCCUUCCGAGAAAGAAUACAUCUCCAUGGUCAACAACAAAACGGGCGGACUCUUUCGACUGUCUGUUAGGCUCAUGAUAGCGAACGCCAGACGGAACUUUGACGUCGACUACAUACCCCUUGUGAAUCUCCUUGGUAUAUUCUUCCAGAUUCGCAAUGACUACUGCAACCUACGUUCACGAGAGUACGCUACAAACAAAGGAUACGCAGAAGACCUCACCAAGGGAAAAUUCUCCUUCCCCAUUGUGCACGGUGUGAAUGCCGAUCGCAAGAACCAUUCGCUACUGAACAUUUUGCAGAAGCGGCCCUCCACACCGACGCUCAAAAACUAUGCAAUCUCCUACCUCGAGAACCGCACUCGAUCGCUCGAGUAUACUCGCAACGUGCUCUACAAAAUUGAAAAGCAGGUUCGCCACGAGCUCGCGCGUCUCGGGGGAAACAAGAGUCUAGAGGCCAUUGUGGAUUUGCUGACCAAGGCGGAUGGAGCGCCCGACUUGCAGGCGGAAACGAACUGA